CCCUUCAAUUCUUAACCCUUGCCACGGCAGCACGAACAAUAGAAAAUCAGUGGCAAGUAAACAAAAAUAAUUCUUGACACAUUUACAUUUUUAUAUUUAUGAAUAAGUAAAAUUGUUAUUUUUUAUAUAAAAAAAAACAAUCAGAUAUUGGCAAUAACAAAAAGUCAUUCAAUAGAAAUCACAAUGCGAAAAACUUGGGUAAAACGUGAAAAUAUUUAUUAUAAACCAUUCUAUAAGCAAAAGUCCAAGAUGUUCUUAUUAGGAGUAUUCCUAUUAGGCAUAGUGUUUAUAAUCUAUCAAGCUUUUUCCAUAAAUCAAUUGCAUAGUGCAAGUACACCAUGGAGCUUAGAAGGUACCAUGAAUGGACUUCGAAAGAAACAUUUGGAAGUGAUAAAAUCUCUUGGACGAAAACAGAGUGAUGACUACGAUGAAGGCGGAGGAGGCGGACACGUAGUUGCGGCAUUAGAAAUUAAUCCUGCGGAAGAAUCUAUUAAAAUUAUACGCGGAAUUCGUCUGUUCGAUUAUGAUUCGUAUAAACCAAACUUUGAUGGCAAGUUUCGCUGUUUGGACGGUAGUAAAGAAGUGUUAUUUGAACGUGUCAAUGAUGAUUUUUGCGACUGUCUUUUCGAUGGAAGUGAUGAGCCCAGCACAAACGCUUGUCAAAAAGGGCGUUUUUAUUGUAAAUACCAGAAAAGACACAUCACGGGGCGCGGCGUAGAUGUAUUUAUACACAGUAGUCGUGUCAAUGAUGGCAUCUGCGAUUGCUGCGAUGGCAGCGAUGAAUGGUUGACGAUUAGCUGUACAAAUAAAUGCACACAGUAAAUAUAUACAUCGUGUUUGUAAUACACCAUAAUUUGUAAUCAGUUAUUUAGUUUUAAAAGCAAUACUCUUAAAAAAGGUAAAAAUGCUAUUGUCAGUUAGGGUAAUUAAUGUAGGUUUACUUUAAAAUAAAUAGGAUUUUCAAUCGAAUAUGUUAAAUGAUGCUGUGCAUUAAAAAAUCGCCUUAUAAGUCUGUCUAAUUUGCAUUUGUGAAUAAAUUAGCUUCUAUACUCAAAGAAAAAAAUUAAUUCAUAAAAUGUAUAUUAAAAUAUUUCAAUUAUUAAAUACUAGGGGAUUGAUUAUGUAUGAUUAUAUUUUUUAAUGAUAAUAAAUUUUAUAACUAAUUUAUUCAAAUAUUCAA